CAGGAUUCCCUUCACAGAGGGGUGGAUUUGGUUCAGCACACACAGGUACCUUUCAUGCUGCUUAAGGACGACGUGUGAUCAAGUAGAUAUUCAGAAAGACUCCAAGUUGGAACAUAUUCUUUCUUGCCGGGAUCAAGAUGAAGGAUGCACGGUUUUCUUUCAUGGAUCAUCGUUCGAGCUAAAGACCAAGGGAGGAGGAACAGACUGAACAUUACUCUGGCCAUGGAGACACUCCUGUUAGUUGGCAACUGAAGCGGACCGCUUUUCAUAAUGUCGAGGCAGAUAUUCAUACUGCUCCUCCUCUGGGCUUCCAGGGUCACGGAGACAACAACAGACGCAUGGAGACAGUGCACAGAGUUGCUUCCCUUGGAUCUUCUGUCUUUUGUUCUGGAGAGGGACACCUCCCGAGUGGUCCCCGGGGCGCGCGUGAAGCAGUCAGCUGGAGCGAGGGGCGUCCAGUUUCUCAGCCCCGAUGCGUCUAUGAGCUUCCCCGCUUCCCAGCUCUUGGUGAACUGUGACCUUUUCCCCAAAGAGUUUUCCAUUGUUAUCACAGUGAAAGUGAAUCGCUUUGCACCCAAGCGAGACGAGUACGUCUUCUCUCUGAUGGGACGAAGUAACGUGGAGGCUGUCGCACUGGAGGAGAAAGAAGACGAGCAGCGCCUGAGGGAGAAGGAAACUAAGAGUGAUGAGAAACAUGCAGGGGUCAUCCUUGGACUAAAGUUAUCCCAAAACAGCCUGCAUUUUGUUUUCAACGGCCAUCGGAAAGCAGCAGAGCACUGGAGCUUUCAAGGCAUCCGUCUAACUCCCAACCAGUGGCACACACUGGUUUUAGUCAUCGGCCUUCACCACAGGAAGCUGACGGUGGACUGUAACCCGCCGCUGGAAAGUGGUCCCUCCAGGGCUUUCCCUUCAGAUCUUAACAUCCAGGCAUCCAGAUUCCACAUUGGCAGUCGGGGAAGAUGGAAGGGCUUGUUUUCAGGUCUGAUGCGACAACUGGUUCUUGUGCCGAACUCAGACGCCUCCAAUCAACUCUGCCCGUCUUCUGACCCCCGGCUUGCAGCUUUGUCAGUUCCACCGCUGCUCUUAGACCUGCCUGUCAGGAGGAGGCAGAAUGAGAGACAUGACACUUCCUCUGGAGCCGCAGGACGACUGUCAGUGGGCGUGGAGAGGCCAUGUUCUGAGUUGCUGCGAGGUCAGCUGUGGUUUAAUCCUCUCAAAAAGGGCCUCUAUGUCUGUGAUGGGUCAGUGUGGAUCACUGUGUUGGAGGACCAUAAAAGACUGGACUAUGUUUUGGAACAGCAGGUUCUUACCACCAGCUCUGAGACACACGAUGUAGAGGUGUUUCAGAUACAAGGCAUUGGCCUCAUGGCUGCUAUGGCCCACAGAUCCUCAGCCUCUGGUUCUGCUGUGUACCUCUGGACCAACUUGGGUUUCCGGCUCUACCAGAACAUCAGCACUCACGGCGCUCUGUCUUGGAAGCAUUUCCAAGUAGGAAAGAAGGCAUAUCUGGUAGUGUCUAAUUCUGGGACUGAAACAAACAAGUCCGUCGACAAACAGCCUGAAUCUGACUUUUCUGUCAUUUAUAAAUGGAGCAACAGAAGAAAACGGUUUGUGCAGUUCCAGACUCUGCAGACCUACUGCGCUCGAGACUGGGAGGCUUUCAACAUUAAUGAACAGACAUAUCUUGCUGUGGCCAAUCACAGAAUGGGAAACAACAAUCACACCAUCAACAGCGUGAUCUACAAGUGGAGCAGAUCGACAAAGUCUUUUGAGGUUCACCAGACACUGAUCACAUCAGGGGCCUACGACUGGGAGUUCUUCAAAGUUGGACCGUACCACUUCCUGGUGGUUGCAAAUGCUUUCGAUGGCAUGACCACUUCUCUGGACUCGGUCAUCUACGUUUGGAUCGAUGGAAAAUUUCAAGUGUUCCAGACAAUCAAGACAUUCUGCGCCACAGACUGGGAAAUGUUCCAGAUUGGCAGCAGAGUAUUUCUGGUUGUGGCCAACGGACACAGAUUCCAGGGUAACGGACCCAGCCAGUACACCAUCAACUCAACUAUCUAUGAGCUGGACAUGAGUGGGAGGAUGUUUGUUCGCUUCCAGGAUAUUGUUACCUACAGUGCAGUGGAUUGGGAGUUCUUCAGCCUCGGGGAAGAAUAUUUCUUGGUUGUUGCUAACUCUUAUAAUGGGGAGUCCUACUCUCUCAACAGCAUUCUUUACAGGUGGCAGGGAUAUGAAGGAUUUGUUCCCGUUCAUUGGCUCCCAACCUUUGGGUGCAGUGACUGGGAGUUUUUCAGCUCUAAUGGAGAAUCCUUUCUGAUCUACUCCAGUGCCAAAGCGCCGCUCUCCAAAGUUUUCAAGCUCAAAACCUACUAGACGACAAAGUGUGCACAUGGCUUUGUGUUUUCAGUUUGUGUGUGGCAUAUUGUGCUCCUGUGAAUAGUUUUAUAUCUUUGUAUACUGAGAGAACUUAAAGUUUUAUAAGGACAUAAUUUAACUGUCAAAUAUUUUAAUAAAAUUAUAUUUGAAAGAACUUCACAGAGGCCUUAACCAGUAUCCUAUACCGCUUCAUACCUCACAAAUACUUGUUUUCUCAUUUUAUCACAGCCAGGAUGUGGAUGUUUUAUAUGUGACAAAUACAAUUAAACCCCCCAAAAUAUUACAACCUUU